AUGUUGGAAAGCAUAUCAAUAAAGUCUCUCAUCUUACCAUUUGUCGUGAUUUUCGUCUUGUUUAAAGUCACACAAUUUGUUCAGAGAGAGCUUAAGAUUCGAUCACUGGGUGGUCAUGCCAGAAGAGCGAAGACAUGGAUUCCAUUCGAUCUCGACCUCGUUGCGCGUUCGGUCAGCUAUGGCAUGCAUGACAAGAAUCUCGAAGCUUGGAUGGUAUUCUUCUCCGGUUACAAAGACAUACGUUAUACAGUAGAGGCAAAUCCAGGAGGACAGCGUACGCUAUUCACUGCGGAACCAGAAAAUAUUAAAGCUAUACUCGCGACUCAAUUCACAGACUACGGCAAAGGGGAACCAUUUCACAAUGAUUGGAAAGAUUUCCUUGGUGACAGCAUCUUCACGACAGAUCUUGACCAAUGGCAUGAUUCUCGUCAAUUGAUUCGUCCACAAUUUAUCAAGGAUCGAGUCAGUGAUUUGGAUACUUUCGAGAGACAUAUUCAGAUUUUAAUCCGGAAGGUCAAAGAAGAAGGCAGAAAAUGGGAUGGCACUCAGGGUCGGGAGAUUGAUAUUAGUGAUUUGUUCUUCAGAUAUACUCUAGAUGCUGCGACAGACUUUUUGCUAGGACGCAGUGUGGAAAGUUUAGAGAAACCAGGAGAAUUUGCAGAUGCUUUCGCAGAGGUUCAGCGGGUACAGUGUAUUAUCGCGAGAGCUGGACCUUUGAAUGGAUUAGUUCCAAGAAAAUCAUUCUACGAAGGUCUCAAGGUUAUAAAUGAAUUUGUUACCCCCUUCAUUGAAGAUACGCUUCGACUUUCUCCCGAGGAACUAGCAACCAAAACGAAAACAGAGGAAGGGUAUACAUUUCUCCAUGCAUUAGCUUCCUACACCCGUGAUAGAAAUGUACUCCGAGAUCAACUCGUAGCAGUCUUACUUGCCGGUCGCGAUACAACAGCUUCCACUCUCUCGUGGACAUUUUACGAAUUAGCUCGUCACCCUGAAGUUUUCAGGAAAUUGCGUGAGGAAAUCAUCUCGAAAGUUGGUCUAGAGACACCCCCAACUUAUCAACAUUUGAAAGAUAUGAAAUAUCUACAGAAUGUUAUGAACGAAACCCUUCGUCUUUACCCCGUCGUUCCUUUCAAUGUCCGUCUCGCUCUCAAAGAUACCACACUGCCCGUCGGUGGCGGACCAGAUGGCCUCUCUCCUAUGGGAAUUCUCAAAGACACUCCAAUCGGCUACUCCACUCUCGUUAUGCAACGCCGCGAAGAUCUUACUCCAGACGUCAUGUCCUUCAAUCCCGACCGAUGGUUUACAUGGCAGCCUAAACCUUGGCAAUAUAUUCCUUUCAACGGCGGUCCUCGAAUUUGUAUUGGUCAACAAUUUGCACUCACCGAAAUGGGUUAUACGAUUGUUAGACUCUUGCAAAACUUUGAUGGCCUUGAGGGAUUUAUGCAUGAAAUUGAUGGAGGAAACCCACAAUUGAAAGCGGAUAUUGUUUUACAGCCUGGACAGGGUGUACACGUGGGAUUUUUGGAAGGGCAAAGCGGAACUGUCAAAGAAAAGGUCUAG